GCCCUACAUACUGACCUACCCUACCUCUCCCACACACACCACGCACACCCUCAUCUCGACUCUGUACGUCCCGUCUCCCUCUCUUCCACGCUACGCUACGCUACCGUCGACAGCACAAUACCUCACCAACCGAACCUGGGCGCCCAAUGCGUGCGCAUGCGCCCAUUCUACUACGCGACUGAGCUGGGAACGACACCAAGUACCUGCUCGCACCGCUUCGACGUCUCUCCUCAGAAAAAAGACCCCAUCUACCUCCCAGUCUUAAUGUCGUUUGAUGGCUGCAAUUUCACAACCCUCUCAAAAACCACCACCACCACCGUCGUCAUCAUCGUCGCUACCUCCAAACGACCAAAAGAACCAGCAGCUUCGCCAGCCACCAUCCCGCAUAGACACGACUGGUAACGUCUCAGCGCAAGCUCAGGUCCAGAAGCAGCCCUCUUCUACCGGCAGGAAGGCUACAUAUACCAGUCCCGGAUCCCAGGUCGAGCCCGUCUCUGACGCUCUGGUGUCUUCGAGCUACUUCCGUCAAGGACACCAAUCGACGCCCUCCGUUGGCUCGGCUCCCUCCUUCGCUAAGAACCAGAAGUCUGGGGGGCUGUUUGCUCUUGCUGCCGCCGCCAUUGACAGGACUAUCGCCAACAUAUCGGAGCCCACCAUUCGCAGCCGCCCGUCUGCCUCUGCUCUGAGCCGCUUGUCAAUUGCUCUAGACUCCCCCGUAAGCAGCGACAACUCAAGUUCGGACAAGUCCUCGAGGAUUCGCAGCUUCUCCAGCAACUCAUCCAGCGCCUCGACUCCGUUCGUGAGCCCGAUCCCCGACGCAAAGCUGUCGAGCCAGGUGUCCCUGAAGGAUCCCAUCUCGAAGCCGUAUUCAGAGACAGACCCCAGCCGGCCCCCUCCCAUCAUACUGCCGGGUCUAGAGAACAAGAUGCAUCAGACGUCUUCUCGGCUGCUCCGCAUGACGGACGACGAUCGACCAUUCACUAGGGAUUUCAAGGAUCUCUUCUCGACCUUGAUUGUCAGUUUGCUUCCGUUAUCUGCCCAUCGGGUACGCUUAACGCGGGUUGAGCAUACCUUUCUGUCAGAAGAUGCGAUCAAUAAUCUGGGCUCUUUAAAGUUCUCCCAGUCGAAUCGCAUGCCGGAUCCAAAAGAUCCGUCGCGCAUCGUGACAACUACUACGACCACGACGUUCUCCAUGGCCAAGGACAUGGCUAGGUCGAUAUGCCAGCGAUUUCUCGACGCCAGGUUUAUCGAGUCUGCCGACGGCAAAAUGCAACAGAUCUACCCCAUGAAGGGUUCCGUGUGGCAGCUGACGCCGAAGGGAGUCUGCGUCCUAGAUCGGUUCUGUUCGAGGAAUGGCAUCCAGCAACGGCAGAUCAGCGAUCUCAUCGCUCUCGGAAUGAGUUAUCUAUGCAUUCUAGAGCGAGAUAGCACAACCGACAAGCUGGUGAUGGACCGGGGGACCAUGGAGGUCAUCUUCAGGAGGAUGAUCGGCGCUCAUGGCCUGAACAUCAAGUCUAGCGUUGGUGCAGCCGAUUCGGACUCAUUGAGCGAUUACAGGGAUGGCCUUACCGGUGUGAAGAUGGCCAGCGAGCGCAGGGUCGCUGGGAAAACAUUUAAAGACACGUUCACCGGCAAAUCAUGCUCGGAUUGGUUGAUGGAUUGCUGCACGACAGUCGACCGCCGCGAAACCUGGGAGUUGGGAUCGCUGUUUGUCCAAUACGAGCUGAUGGAAGCCGUCCAGCAGGAUAAGGCUUAUAUGGCCACGUCGUCAUCUGCUGCCUACUUUCAGCCGACGAAGAAUGCAAUAUACCAACUAACCGCCAGGGGUAAAGACAUCGUGAGUGGUGGGGGCGGGAGAGGGCGUACCUCGGAAAGCGACGGGAACGUGACAUCCCGGACGGGGAUCGCGAACACGCAGAAAUUGGAUAAGAUCUUGAACGACGCUGCACUGCGGCUGCUGUUUCGUGAGAAUCUACGAGAGACUCAUUGUGAGGAAAACCUGUCGUUUUAUCUCGACGUAGAGGAGUUUGUUCAGAGCUGUCGUCAAGCGAUCAAGACCGCGCGGGGGAACCCCAACACGACAUCCAUGGACGGCAUCAAGGAAAUUAUGGCACAAGCUUACGGCAUUUACAAUGCGUUCCUCGCGCCUGGCUCACCUUGCGAACUAAACAUCGAUCACCAGCUACGUAACAAUCUUGCUACGCGCAUGACGAAGGCGGUUGGGCAAGAUGUGGCUAUGAUCGAGACACUCCUCGAGGUUACCCAACUGUUUGAGGAUGCCCAGAAUGCAGUCUUCAAGCUGAUGGCGAGUGACUCCGUCCCGAAGUUCUUGCGCAACACAAAGUAUGAGCACACGCUGAAGCAUUACGAUUUUGACUCGGUUGUUGCCAGUGGUCGCGCCCCAGAACGAAGCCAAAGUCGAUCCAACCGCAAGUAGAAUACGAUGAUUUGGAGCGCACGUCCCCCAUCUAUGGCCGUCUGCGGUGGUCUAGAUGCCAAGUCCGAUUUUGGCGAAGACGAGGCUCUCAUCUGUUCGGUGUCGACUGCUCAGAAUCUCAUUUCCUCCUCAUUAUCGACGUCGUUCCCCCGCGCGAGUUUGGUUGCAAGGACCUAAUACGAUACUCCCGGCAUUUAUUUCUCGGCCAAGACUUGCUUCUUUGUUUACCCGGAUGGCGUUGAAGGAUAAACUAGCAUAGAGACACUCAUCGGCGUUCUGAACUGCACCUAUCAUGCGAGUGGCUCAUGAGUUUUUUUUUUUUUUUUUUU